AUGAUUCUGUCACUGUGGCUGAAUGUGAUUACAGCCAGACCAUGCAAUGCGGAUGGUAUAUUCCUCCUCCCUGGCACUCCACCCCCACCUUUGGAGAACGUAGCAACUGGUGACUGGACACCCUUUCGCAAUCGUACAGAAUUCGAAACGGCAGAGUUCCUGUAUACGCAAAAUCAGAUGCCGGCAGGUCAAAUCAACCGGUUGCUGGAUUUAUGGGUGUCUACCCUUGCGAAACAUGGCGACAAGCCGCCAUUCGCAGAUCAUCGUGAUCUGUAUGACGUCAUCGAUAAUUCACCAUUUGGGGACGUGAAUUGGCAAAAUUUUACAGUAACUUACGAUGGUGAGAGACCUGAAGAUGGUACCAAGCCGUGGAUGGACGACAAAUACGAAGUCUGGUUUCGUGACCCACGUGAAGUCGUGUGCAAUAUGCUUGCAAAUCCAACAUACGCCAGUGAAGUAGACUACUGCCCCUAUCGAGAAUAUUCAACCGAGGGCGACAAGCGCCAGUGGAAGGAUUUUAUGUCUGGUGACUGGGCAUGGGAUCAGGCAGAUGAAAUAGCUAAGGACCCGAGCACGCUCGGCUCUACGUUUGUCCCUGUCAUCCUUGGCAGUGACAAAACGACAGUUUCAGUCGGGACAGGUAAUAAUGAGUAUUAUCCGCUAUACGCCUCAAUUGGGAACAUUCGCAACAAUGUUCGACGAGCCCAUCGUGAUGGAGUAGCAGUCAUUGGCUUCCUUGCUAUGCCGAAAACUACAAAGGAACAUGCUACCGAGGCAGUGUUCCGAAAAUUCCAUCGACAGCUGUUCUAUUCGUCACUCUCCAAGAUUCUCAACACGCUGAAACCAGGCAUGACAACCCCCGAAGUCACUCGUUUUGGAGACGGUCACUACCGUCGGGUUAUAUACGGACUAGGGCCAUACAUAGCAGAUUAUGAGGAGCAAGCGCUGUUAGCAUGUAUCAUGCGUGGUUGGUGCCCUAAAUGUAUGGCAUCUCGCGAGGAUCUCGACGAAGAUGUGUUACGUCGUUGUCACGAAUACACAGAAGCACUCAUUCAAGAAGGUUCCUUAGGUGACCUGUGGGAUGACUUUGGAAUAGUCGGGGAACUUGUAGCAUUUACGAACGACUUCCCCAGAGCUGACAUCCAUCAGAUGAUCUCACCGGAUAUUCUCCAUCAACUCAUCAAAGGAGCAUUCAAGGACCACCUCGUCGAAUGGGCGGAUCAAAUUAUGGAUGAUAUUGAUUGCAGAAUUGCCACUGUCGCCUCAUUUUCAGGCUUGCGACGAUUUCCUCAGGGACGUGGCUUCAAGCAAUGGACAGGAGAUGAUUCGAAGGCCCUGAUGAAGGUCUACUUGCCUGCCAUCGAGGGUCAUGUACCCGUAGAUGUCGUGCGCACCUUUUGUGCACUUCUCGAAUUUUGUUACCUAGUCCGUCGUAACAUAAUCACAGAAGACACUCUAGUCGAAAUCGAAGACGCUCUCUCACGCUUUCACCAUUACCAUAACAUCUUCAGGACGACAGGAGUGGUUCCUACCUUUUCCCUACCUCGUCAACAUUCACUCAAGCACUAUGUCCAAAACAUACGAUUGUUUGCUGCACCAAACGGCCUCUGCUCAUCGAUUACUAAAAACAAGCACAUCAAAGCGGUCAAGGAGCCAUGGAGACGAUCCAGCCGUUAUAAUGCACUUGCUGACUUCACACGUCGGGGAAUGUUAACUGGUACUUGCCUCUCAGUAACUAUGGACGCCUUGGAGGGCAAAAAAUGUGCUCAAACUAUUCCUGCACUUGCCGAAGAACUCAAUAUUCCUAGUCUACCUGACCUCCUCAGACGCUUCUUAUUCCAACAGUUGCAUCCUAAAGAUCCUCGUGACCCAUCUAAUAUACCCCUCGCCGAAUGUCCCCUCUAUCUUAGCAAAAUCUCGGUCUUCAAUUCCGCAUCAUCACGAUUCUAUGCGCCGAGUGAUUUGAGCGGGAUCGGUGGUAUGCGUGUUGAACACAUUCACUCCAGUUUGCCUGGCAUGCAAGGCCUCGAAGUCGCCCGUGUUCGUGCAUUUUUCUCAUUCAGGUACCGGGGCAGGUUAUAUCCCUGCGCUCUAAUAAGCUGGUUCGACAAAGUUGGCGACGCCCCAGAUGAAGAUACAGGAAUGUGGAUAGUUCGUCCUGGAUUUGGAGCAGACAGUGCUCCAGGGUACGCGGUCAUUCAUAUUGACUCUAUUUAUUGUGCUGCGCAUCUUAUUCCCAUGUAUGGCGUGCAAUUUGUGCCCCGGGAGCUCAAAUUUUAUCAUUCAUAUGACGCAUUUCAAGCCUACUAUGUGAACAAAUACGCUGAUCACCACGCAUUCGAGAUUGCAUUUUGA